AUGGACGCUGCCAACUUGGCUGAGAAAAAAGAGUUGAAGCAAGCAUUUGUCCUUGCAACGCUCAUCUCGACCAUUGCAGGCACAUUCAUCACAGGCAUCAACCUCUACGACCGCUUGGUCGAGCAGCGCCGGCAGAGGAAGCGGGACAAGGGCCAAAACAAACGAAUCAAGGAGCUCGAGGCGCGUUUGAACACGGCCGAGGAAGAGAGGACGAAACUGAAGGACGAGCAAGGCAAACAGGGUCAGAGAAAGAGAGCAAAGGGUGGCGGUUCCGCGUCUGAUUCCGAUGCGGAUGAUGACCACGACCGAGACGAUGAUGGCGCCCGCCAUCUUCGACGCUCUCUUCAGCACGGCGGCCCAAGUAUCCAGCGAGAGUACGACCGCUUCUACAAUACGAUGGGACAAAAGUUUGCCCGGGGUGACCUGGUCGCCCAAACCCAGCUGCAGAGCCAAAUCAUAGUACUCCAGAGCACAGUGAUCAAGCUCUUGGAGGAAGCCCUGCUUACUGGCCAACCGCCAGAUCUGAGCAGGCUGUACAACACAUCCGAGUUUGCGCGCGAGGGCAGCAUUCGCGCCCUCCAAGACCAGUAUCAGCGUUUCCUCCAGUCCGCCCCGAUCCCGAGACGAGGGCCAAGGCCCGGAGCGCCCAUCCGCCGUACGUCCUCCACGCCCUCUCUUCGAGGAGAUGCAGCAAGUGAGGCUGGCUGGGACCAUCCACCUGUACGAAAAGCACUCCCUCCUGCAGCAGCCGCCAGUCUGUAUCAUGACGACAUCCGGAGCGGCACCAACAGAAAAGGCCCUCUGUUCUGCCCAUAUGCGGUAGACUUGCAGCACAGCCCGUCUCCCACACUGGUCCACGUCACCUGCCCGGCGUGCGGUACCCUGCUAGAGAAUCCCCCGGCGGGCCGAGAUGAGAGAGAGGGGUGUCAAUCCUCCUGGCGAAUCGAAAAGGAGGUGGUUAUCCGAGACCGGGAUCGGGACUGGGAACGUCGAGGAAGAUCAUCUUCACGUGGAAGCCGCUACGGCGACAAAGACGAAAAGGUCGAUACUAAGUCCUUCAUAUUGACCCCGCGGUUUGUGGCAAAGUGUCAUCGUCCAGAUUCAGGGUACGCCUGUUACCUAUGCCUGUGUCAUCGCGAUCGAGACACGUUGUGUAAAACCGAGGAGACAUUGGUCAGCCAUGUUGCCGGCAAGCACAGCAUUGCCGAGUACAAGCAGGAUCGAGACAUCAAGGAGAUGGCUCGCACGUUGCCCUAUCGUUGA